CUGCGCGGCUCGAGCUCAUCGCUCUCUAUUCCGACGAGGAUGCUCCUGAUCCUGUCGCUGAUCCUUGGCCUUGGUCUAUCCACUGCCGAGGGAUAUAGUUCAAAGGAUCUGCUAACUUGGAUGCAGGCCAGUAAUUUUGGCUACCAGGUGCUGCAGCAGGCCUUGAAUGACAACCAAUCUGCGACGGCAUCGGAGAUGUCCUGUCUGGCGGAGGUUCGCUUGCUCCUUCAAGGAGCCGAGGGCAAGUCCUUGCCAGCUUUGCGGGUUCUGGAUGCCUGGGGAAAGUUCCCACAAGGCCUUCUUUAUGGUCACUUUAUGGACAUGGGCAACUAUGAAUCCUGCCUGAGUCUUGACUUAAACAAAAGCCUGGGCAGCAGUAUUACCAUAAAAGCCGAAGCCAAGUAUUGUCUUAGCCGCAUUCAAUUUGAGAGUCUGUUGCUGGAAGCAGCAGGUGCAGAUGCCCUUACUUUGAGCAUUGGCACCUGUAUACCCUCAUCUUGUAGUGCUGCACAGCUUAGCCGAUGGCUACAAGGACAUCUGCAGGACAUGUUCGGAGAGAACUCCACAGGAACUACUUUGGUGCAGGAACAGGACUGUGCUUUGAGCCACAAAGAGCCCAUGAAUGGACUAGAUUGGUUUGCUGUUUCCAUUCUUAUCUUAUUGUGCACUUUGGUUCUUCUGGCCACCAUUUUGGAUUAUGGCGAAGUUUCGAUCAAGCUACUGGGAACCUUUUCUCUUCGCCGAAAUCUGCCUCAACUGCUCAAGACCUCGAGCACGCCCUCGCCUCGUGUAAUUCCUUGUCUAAAUGGAAUUCGCUGCUUGACCAUUAUCUGGAUUAUUCUUGGCCAUGGCUAUAUGUACCUCCUUUUGGCGCCCAAUAUCAAUUCCUAUGACAUUGUGGCCUGGGCUAAGACACCCUUCUCUAUGGUGAUGCAAAGUGGAUCUACCUCAGUGGACACAUUUUUCCUACUUAGUGGUCUGCUUUUGGUUUUAACCACACUUCGCGAAUUGGAGCGAACUAAAGGUCGUCUCCAUGUCCCACUGAUGUACCUGCAUCGCCUGGUGCGACUGACUCCUGUUUUGGCUUUGGCGGUCCUCAUUUUCAUGACACUUUUUCCCCGUUUGGACAGUGGUCCUUUGUGGAAGCAGUUCACCAGCUCAUCAGAACUCUGCAGCGAUACUUGGUGGGCCACUUUGCUCUAUGUCCAAAACUACGCCGCUCCAGGAAGAAUGUGCUUAGGACAUUCCUGGUAUUUGGCAGUAGACAUGCAACUGUAUAUCAUCUCCCCUCUUUUGCUAAUCGCCCUCUAUAAAUGGGGUAAAAAAGCCUUUGGAGGCAUUGUUCUUUUGAUUCUGCUACUUUUUGGCUGCGUCUUUAGCAUAGUUAUGCUGCGGGAAUUGAAGGUGUUCGACCGUCAUGGAAACCUAGGUGGCGAUAGCCCCGAAAUGCGGCUCAUCUACUACACCACUCAUGCCAGAGCCACUCCUUGGUUGAUUGGACUCCUCUUCGGUUACUUUUUGCACCACCAGGGUGGAAGAAAGAGCCGCCUGCCAAAGUGGUUGGCUUUUCUAUUAUGGAUCCUGUCCCUCUCCUUGGUGGCCACUGUGAUCUUUGCCGUGUAUCCUUACACCCAGGACGGAGUGGAGGAUAUAAGCCCGCUGGCUGGAGCCUUUUAUCUGUGCUGCAGUAGGAUUGCCUGGCCUUUGGCCUUGUGUUGGAUCAUCUGGGCCUGCCAGAAUGGAUUGGCUCCCAUUAUAAAUGACUUUCUAAGCUGGACAUUCUGGCAGCCCCUCUCCAAGAUUUCCUACUGCCUUUAUAUUUGGCAUCUUUUGGUGGAAACAGUUCACAUAGCGCGGAUCAAGACCAGUCUGCACUUCUCCGACUACGAUGCUAUCCUACGCUUCUGGUCGGACUUUGGCAUUACCUUACUCGUCUCCUUGUUCAUGCAUUUGUUUGUGGAGGUACCACUGGGACGCCUCGAAUUGGAAUUGCUACGCAGUCGCAAAAAGCCGGAAGUCAAAUCUCAACCUCCAGAGGCAGAUAAUUCCAGUCAACUUACCGCUAUUCCAGUCACUAGUAUUUCCCGCCAGAAUUUAGUCGACCCCUAAACAAAGAUUUUAUAAUUGUUAUGUUUAAAACGAUGUACAUAGUUAUCAACUAAGUUGCACUGCCGAUUACCGAUGUAAAUGUGAUUAUAAAUUGUGAUUAUAAA